GUGAUAUUGAGUCUGCGUCAGGGACGUGCGCAUACCCUGGAUGACCUUACUAAAUACCUGUGCCGCUGGGGAAUAAGGCUAUCGACAUGCAGGUGAAUUCGUGCGCGAGAUCGGCUGCCGAGAACGAUGUUCAGGACAACCGAACUCAUUCCUUACCGACUCUAGGGCUUUCAACCGAACAUCGAGGACUUUGCGAGCUAUGUCGAAAGGCGGCGACAGAAACAGCAAAGUCCUUCGAGCCGCUCUCAAGCAUGGAGGUCUCAUCUGGCGAUUGGCAAUGGAGGAAGCGCCGGAAGAGUAUGUGAUAUCUAGCCCUUCCCCGAAGGUAACAAAAAUCGGGACUUGCUUUCGAACUACGGAGGGCGAGUUACUAUGGAAUGAAAUGUUGACGGAGGACCAGAUAGAUGUUAUUUGCGGCGUGUACAAGGUGGUGGAAAGAGAGGAAGAUCUCCACCCUAAGGAUGACUGCCGAGGCAAGCUGACGGAGCGUGUGUCCUGGGCUCCGAAGAACACGAGUUGGCGAGGUUGUGGGCUCGAUGUGGGCUUUUGGAGUCCCGAUGCGGAAUCUUGGUAUCAAGGUCGGCUGGUAAGAUAUCUUAGUGGAGAUUUCAAGUGCGAAAAUCUGAAGAGGUCAUUGAAACUGAGGCGGGAUGCCUCUAAAGUCGCGGAAGGUCUGUAUCACAGAGUUUUCUUCAGAACCAUGUACUGCGUCGUUCUGUUCUGGUCGCCUACGGUCAGUUUCCCCACAUUGCCCUUUUCGAUCAGCAUCCAUCUCUCAAGCUGCUCCCGCUAAUGUACAUUUGAGGUCCCCUUCGGAAUUUACAAUUCUCUUUACCCAAGCUGCUUUGAGAAUUGCUGGUGGAUUUUGUGCAUAAAGCAAACAAUCCAUGCGCGUGAUAUAGAUGUCCACCACUUUCCAGCACUAAAGUCUGUUCUUCUCCUCGUACUCUGAUUUCCACACCCUGGGAGGAUUUUCUUGAUGUUCUCACCAAGUAUACUUGACCAGUGAACGUAAAUAUAGCAACAGACAUUUCCAGUGAAUCAGUGCCUUGCCUCCUCCCUGACAGAAAGCUCUGUAAAAUGAUACAGGCCGUUCCAUAUACAAGGAAUACUCACGGCAGU